AUGGAUGAGUUUGAAGAGGGAAUGAGGAUAACAAUGUCAGUGCUGAAGGGUUGUAAUGAGUCCUUUACUGCAGCUGAUGAGAGGCACCAGAAAGCAAGUACCCAGUUCUUUUCAGAUACUGGUGUCAUGGCCCUACUCUGUUGUCAUGAUCAUGUCAUUUACCUUGCAAAUAUGACUUCAGCUGGGGAGAGGCAACAUUAUGCACUUGCCCUCAUCAAAUCUCUUUUUGGCCAUCUCCCAGAUAAUUUUCAUAUUGGGCUGUUAUAUGACAUAGGUUGUCAACUGGAACAGAGCUGCAGGAAGUGGGGUUUUCUCAAGUCAUUCCUGCCACAUAUUUCUUUUGCCAUCUCAGUAUUUCAUGCCUUCGGAUUUGGGCUAUCUGAUGGAGAGGGAUGUGAGCAUUUUUGGAGUUCAAUCAAAGGGCUGAUACCAUCUCUUCAUGUUUCUGGGGUGUGCCACCUGGACAUGAAGUGUCUCACUGGUUUGGGCCAGUGGCUUUUGCAUCACUGGAAUCAUUGCCAAGAAAAGAAGGCUGCUGCAAACAGAGGCCUAAGGAGAUGUGGAGUUGAUAUCCCAACUCUUCAAGCUGAAUGGGUUGCUCAAGUCUCUGCACAGACAAAGCCAGCUCCUUGUCACAGCUCUAAAGCUGCUGAGAAUAUGAUAUUGCAAAUCAUGGCAAAUCCAAAAUCAUUGGGAAAUUAUGAGGCCAGGCUAGAAGUGCUGGAGAAAGAUCUUCUCCAUGGGGUUGCUGACAUGACAAGCUUGACUAUCCAAAUUGCAGAGUGUCAUCAAAAGGUUAAGUGUUUUAAAGAUGCUUUGCAGAACCAGAGGGCAACCCUAGGCAUAAAUGGGCAUUCAAAUCUUGCUAGUAUCCAAAAGAGUGCUUAUCUUCAACUUCACAUGCAUGCAUUAGCAAUCAAGAAACAUACCAGAGAUCAUCUGUGCCAACAAAAGUUUGAGUUGGAAAGACUGGAACACUCAUAUUGGCAGACUCUCAGUGAACAAAGACUUCAAAACCACACAGAAGCAUCUCUUGCCAGUAGCUACAAUAAUCUGUGUCUGCAAAUUGUAGGCCUCAUACACAAGGGAAAAGCUCCUCAGGGGUCAAUAGCCCCACUCCUGAUCCCAAGGGACUCUUUGUUCAAACUGGAUGUGGAUGAUGAUAUUUGGCAGGAUAUUGGCCUUGGGGAUGAUUCAGAUGGGUUACUACCCCCAUGGUUAGCUGAUGAAAAAGUGCACUCAGGGAUCAGAUCAUUCCUUGAGCUGGGGUGUUGUGAAGAAGAGGAAAGGCACCUGUUGCAGGAAAGAAGAGAUUUGACAGAGUGGUUUUCUGAAGAGUGGGGUCAUGUGCAGAAAACCAUACAGAGUACUGGUAAGAGACAUGUGUCAUUGCAUUACCAUGACUAA